CAACCAACUGCCCGCACUCGCUCGAAGCCGGCCGUCUUCAUAUGUUCUAAGUUAGGGUCUUGACGACCCCAUCUCCAUCUAAUCUUAACCACAACAUAACCUCAUUCAAAAUCAUAUCUCCAUCUCCGGUCCAAGAUGUUGUCUAACCCGCUUCACCGGUUUUCACCUUAUCACAUCCCCUCAACUACGCUGCUGUCGAACGGCCAUGUUCCGGGCGGCCACCUUCACGCGGCCGGACUUGACUCGCUCGCCCCUGGCUCUCACUACGCUCUCCAGCAACUCCAGCAGCAUGUCGGCGUCCACACCCCCCACCUCGCUCGGACUGGCCCUCAACCGAAGCAUAGGCAACAUCCUUAUGGGCCUGCCGCCAGAUCUUCGGGGGCAGCUGGACCGAUUCGGAGGAGGAUCAGCAGGGCCUGCGAUCAGUGCAACCAGCUAAGGACCAAAUGCGACGGCCAACAUCCAUGCGCUCAUUGCAUUGAGUUCCAACUGGGCUGCGAGUACAUCCGAGAGCGCAAGAAGCGUGGCAAGGCAUCCAGGAAAGACCUUGCACAGCAAGCCGCCGCCCAAGCCGCUGCCCAAGCAGCUCAGAACGGCCAGAAGACCGAGAAUUCAACGACGGAGAAUACAAAGCCCGCGGAGAACCGGAACGAUACACCGAGCAACACCAAGCCUGUCUUGACGGUUAACACCGACCAGCCACCAGCGUUGGACAAGAACGUGACCGAUGUACCAGAGGAUCCUAAUCUGAGGGAGCAGAGGACAGGGAGCAUCGAGGCCUUGGGCGACAUGAGCGCCCAUCCGGCACCCAUGUCGGCUCACCCCGGGGCGAUUGAGCGAGAACACCUCGACAACCCGACAGCACUGGACCUUAACGGAUAUGGUUCCGUUCACUCAGCGUAUGACCGCCAAAUGGGCGCACACAUGAUGAACGGCCCACCUCAUGCGCCCUACGGCCCAAACCAGGGCAACAUGUCCAGUUACCCAGAGCUCCCAUAUGCUCUGCAAACGCAGAGCCCGACGGGUUAUCCCGCAAAUGCCGCGAAUGGGUUCCGCCUCGCCAACAGCCCUCUCGGCCCCUAUUCGAUGGGUGGAGAGGCCCCAUCGCCGGGCGGAUGGAUGAACAUGUCAUCGCCGCCCCCCCAGUUUGCUUCGCAUAUGCCGCAGAACGGGUAUAACCGUUCGCAGCUCCGGUACCCAGUCCUGGAGCCCCUUGUUCCCCAUCUGGGCAACAUCAUCCCUCUGUCGCUCGCGUGCGACCUCAUCGACCUCUACUUCGCGAGCUCAUCCUCGGCCCAGAUGCACCCAAUGUCGCCUUAUGUCCUCGGAUUCGUCUUCCGGAAGCGGUCGUUCCUCCACCCGACCAAGCCGCGACAGUGCCAGCCGGCUCUCCUGGCCAGCAUGCUAUGGGUUGCUGCACAGACAAGCGACGCUCCUUUCCUGACGAGUGUCCCUUCGGCCCGUGGCAAGAUUUGCCAGAAGCUCCUGGAGUUGACGGUCAGCCUUCUCAAGCCGCUCAUCCACACGCCCUCGGAGGAGGCAUCGCCUGUCUCGAGCCCCAUCGUGGAUGGCGUUGCCCUCGGCGGCCUUGGCGUCGCACUGCCCGGGUCCAUCAGCAUGGAUGCCCUCACCAGCGAGUCGGGCGCUUUCGGCGCGGCCGGUUCUCUGGACGACGUGGUCACCUACAUCCACCUUGCGACGGUCGUGUCGGCGAGCGAGUACAAGGGAGCCAGUCUGCGUUGGUGGAAUGCCGCGUGGUCGCUUGCUCGCGAGCUCAAGCUCGGGCGCGAGUUGCCUCAGAACGCGCCGGCGAGUCGCCAGGGUGGAGCCGCCGAAAUGGAAGGCGAGGGCAAUGGUGCCGAGAUGACCAUUCCCGGCGUGAUCACGGAAGAGGAACGCGAGGAGAGGCGGCGGAUCUGGUGGCUCGUCUACAUUGUCGACCGCCAUCUCGCCCUCUGCUACAACCGCCCGCUCUUCCUGCUCGACAUCGAGUGCGAACACCUCUACCAGCCCAUGGAUGAUACCGAUUACCAGAACGGUAACUUCCGUGCCUACACAACCGACCCGAACGUUCUCGGUUCGGAUACCGAGGGAAAACGCACCCGGGUCAAGGGCCCCUCGUUCGUGUGCAGCGGCCACAGCAUCUUUGGCUACUUCCUCCCACUAAUGACCAUCCUCGGCGAAAUCGUAGAUCUUACGCACGCCAAAAACCACCCUCGCUUCGGCGUCGGGUUCCGUUCGUCUCGCGAGUGGGAUGACCAAACGGCCGAGAUCACCCGCCACCUUGACAUGUACGAGCAGAGCCUGAAGGAGUUUGAGAAGCGACACCUCAGCAUCAACGCGCAAGCCCAGGCAGCAGACGAGAAGGCGGCCGAGGCGGCCGGCGUCCCUACGGCUAAUGCUAACGACCUCCCGGGCACCCCUUCGGGUCACAGCGUGCACAGCGUGCACACCACGUCGAGCCGCAUGACGGAGAGCGACAUCCAGACCCGCAUCGUCGUGGCCUACGGCACUCAUGUCAUGCACGUGCUUCACAUCCUCCUCACCGGCAAGUGGGAUCCCAUCAACCUCCUCGACGACAACGACCUCUGGAUCAGCAGCCAGGGGUUCAUCACGGCGACCGGCCACGCGGUCAGCGCAGCCGAGGCCAUCAGCAACAUUCUCGAGUACGACCCCGGGCUCGAGUUCAUGCCCUUCUUCUUCGGCAUCUACCUCCUCCAGGGCUCGUUCCUGCUGCUGCUCAUUGCCGACAAGCUGCAGCUCGAGGCGUCGCCGAGCGUGGUGAAGGCCUGCGAGACCAUCAUCCGCGCGCAUGAGGCGUGUGUGGUGACGCUCAAUACCGAGUAUCAGCGCAACUUUAGCCGAGUCAUGCGCAGUGCUCUCGCUCAGGUACGGGGCCGCGUGCCCGAGGACCUUGGCGAGCAGCACCAGCGUAGGAGGGAACUCCUCGCGCUAUACAGGUGGACGGGCGAUGGUACCGGUCUGGCGCUGUAGAAAAAGGGCCUGACCGGUUAUUUCCACUUGUUACUCCUCGUGUGUAACCGUGGGUUUGGCUGUGUCUUUUUCAGCCCCGCCCGGAUUUCCCGCAUCUCUCUAUUC